UAGUCGAAGAAAUCGCCACGAAUUGAAUAAAAGGUUGCUUUCUAUGUUAAGAAAAAGAAAACAAUAAGUGAAUUUCUAGUAAAAGUCUUUUUUCAACUAAUAUUAUUUUAUGAAAUAUUUGUUCCAAAACAAAAUAAAUUGAGUUCAUACAAAAACAAUUUGAAAAUAAGAUUUACUAAAGCAUAGAAAAUUUCGUUAUACUUAAUGACGGUUUUUAUUUGAAUAACUUUAAAAACUAAAAGUGAAAGUUGGUUUGUUUUGUGCAGGUUUGUGUUUUCUGAAUAAAGUGCGAAAAUAACUUAAAGAAUUCUUCAAAUUUAAUAUAAUGGCCACGGGUAAUUGCCAAUAUUCAACCAGAUAUUGUUGGGACGCAGACAAAGUGAAAUCACUAAUUCGAUUAAGAGCUGAAUUAUCUCCGCUAUUUACAGGAAAAAGAAAUGCUUCAAAAUAUGCAUGGGCGGUGGUCGAGAGAGAGUUAAACGUGCCACUUCCACUUUCAAAAAUAAUUAAAAAAUGGAAUAACUUGCUUCAGGAAUAUAAGGCUAUAAAAAUAUCAGAAGAGCCGAAAAGGAGAGAGUGGCCUUUUUUUACUUUAAUGGAUGUUUAUUUCAGUGACCAAGUAAACGAUCCAUCUCUUCGGUUAUUUUCUUCAACGAAAACUUUAAAAGAAUCUUUAGAUGAGAGUGUUUUUGAAGACGAUCCGAUUAUAGUAUCAGCAAUAGCUGCCGUUACAUCUGGUGCUUGUAUGGAAAUAGAGGACUUAUUGAAACGCCAAAAAGAUAAAAGAGCAAACAAAGACCAUUUUGCUCAAGAAAAUAAGUCGACUGACGAAAACAGAUAUCCUUUUGACAGAUAUAAAAUAACUGAAAACAAAACUAAUGUGGUAACUGUAAAAAAUUUUAAUUGUUUGCAGUUUGAAAAAGAUAUUAAAAAAAUAUCUGAGCAACGCGAUCUUGUUAAGCAUGAGGAAGUAAUACAUUCCAAUCCAGUUCUACAGCAAAAACAAUCGCCACCAUCUCCAGCAGUACAAAAUAAAUUUACGGAUUCGAACUCUAUUGAUCAAUACUUAUUAUCUUGGAACAAUUUUUUAGGUAAUAUGUCAAGAGGUUUCCAUACUUUACAAAAAGAUGAAAAAAUGGUUGACGUGACCAUAGCAGCGGGGGGUAAAAUUUUCAAAGCCCACAAAUUGGUUCUAUCAGUAUGUAGUCCGUACUUUCAAGAAAUAUUUUUGGAAAAUCCUUCAAACCACCCAAUCCUUUUAAUGGCUGACGUAGAAGCUAACCAUAUGGCAGGACUUCUUGAUUUUAUGUAUAGCGGCCAAGUGAAUGUUAAAUAUGAAGACCUUCCUGUUUUCCUGAAAGUUGCAGAAGCCAUGAAAAUCAAAGGCUUACAUACGGAGAAACCUGAAGGUCAAAAUCUCGAUGAAAUACUAUUCUCUCGAGACGACGCUGAUUUACAAGCCUUAAAUUCUUCAUCUAUGCCAAUUAAGGUCUUAGAACAAUCUACAUCAGCAUCAUUUAGCACAGAAAAGAAACGUCAUUCCAGAACCUCUUUAUAUCCAAUUGAUCGCAAUACGAAUUUGGAUCUACACCGUUUCAACACAUGUAAUACAUUAAACUAUGAGCAGGCAUCAAAUAAAUUCUCGGUUUACAAAACUAAUGGAAGCAAAAAACUAUCUGAACAUCUUAAACAACAGAAGUAUUUAACGAAACGAAAAUUUUUUGUCCACUGCGAAAAUGAAUUUACAGAAAAAAAAAACUUUGAGAUAUCAGAUAAACGUACACAUAAUAAUUCACAACCAGAUAUGUUACAUAUGGUACAAGCAACAGUACAAGAUAGCAACACAAACAAUGAAGACAUUUUAAAUUUAGCACAAAACGGAAUUUCAAAUUCUCCGAAAAAUUGUAUAUCCACAAUUCUAUUGGGAUCUAAAAAAGACAGUUAUAAUCAAACUUCUUUUGCCGAAACAAAUGAGGAACCCCUAAAAGAUACAUAUAAUGAAGAUAGAAUGCAGUGUUAUGCGCCUAAAUCUAAUGAGGACGGCAACAACAACAGUUUAAACACAGCAGAUAUCGCAUUGCUACCAAAUAAUAACAGCGUUGAUGGAAACAAAAAUAUCUCAAACAAUUGUUAUAAGCCCUCUAGAAACGCAGUCGUCACUAAUAAUGAAAGAAUCCAAAAUGAUGACAACAACAACGCAUCUAAUGAUUUAAAUUACGACUUCAAAACAGACCUUAAAAAACAAGCAGACAAUAAUAAUAACGUUUUCUUAGAAGCCCCCAGCAAUAUAGAAGCAAAAAAGGAUGAAAGAACUAAAGAGAUGAAAUUGAAGCCGUAUUCCAACCUUUGUUAAGUAAAUUACAAGAUAAACGUCCUUAUUUAAUUUUUCACUAUACUACAAAUACAGUGUUGGUCAAAACUAAAGCAACUCAAUUAGUAGUUUUUAUUUUUGGUGUAUAAUAUCUCUGGUUAACAUAUUUUGUAAUAUCUUUUUAUUAUUAAAUGUCCUUACUAUAUUCACAAUAAUAAUAGUUAAAAAACGCAUUAUCUAAUUAUUGUAUCAGAUCUUCUGGUCAACUUGCCAAGAACAGCAAAAUGUUGUUGUAUUACAUACAUUUUGUCACACAAUAUUAAAAAUGUAACACCGAAUUUUAACACAGUAAGAUUUUUUUCUAUAAAGUUGCUUUAGUUUUGUCACGACAAAAACACGACAUAGUUCAAUGAAUGUUCGUUUAUUCUGUUGUCUGGAAAUUAACUAUUAUUCUAAAUAUAGUAAGGAUAUUUAGUAGUUAAAAGUAAGAAAACAUUUCAAUCCAUGAUAUUAUACAUCAAAAAGUGAAACAACUAGUGAAGUUGUUUUAGUUUCCUUUUACUCUGUAUAUAUAAUUAAGACAAUUUUUGAAUUUGUUAUUGUUUGAAAGCUAAAUAUUUUCAAGAUACCACAAUAUCUAUUAAAUUUUUUUUAAGUAUUGUACAAUGUACAUGCUUAUAUUGUUAUAUUUAAGUUUUUUUUGUAAGAAUGUUAUUUAUUAUCAUAAUACACUGAGAAUUCUUUUGUUUUUGGUUUUAUAUUGUAUUUAUUU